AUGGUAUUCUUCAAGGGUGGGGGCAGGAACGGGGAAGGUAUCUUGGUUGAUAAGGAUCCCCGUAAAGAAGUGGUGGACGUUAGGAGGGUGAAUGAUAGGCUGAUGACUAUUAAGCUAGUUGUUGGAGGUUUUAAUUUGAACAUAAUCAGUGCGUACGCACCCCUAGCAGGCUUGGAUGAGGAAAUCAAAAGGCGUUUCUGGAAGGAUUUGGAUGAGAUGGUGCGUGGUAUUCCGCAUACCGAGAAGCUUUUCAUAGGAGGAGAUUUCAACGACCACAUUGGAGCAACGUUUGGGGAGUAUGAUGAUGUGCAUUCUGACUUUGGUUAUGGAGAUAGAAACGGAGGAGCAACUUCUUUGUUGGACUUUGCUAGAAUGUUUGAUUUGGUGAUAGCAAAAUCGAGUUUUCCGAAGAAGAUGGAGCACUUGGUCACCUUUCAGAGUUUGGUGGUCGAGACUCAGAUUGUUUAUCUACUCUGCAGAAAGUCCGAUAGAGGUCUUUGCACAGAUUGCAUGGUCAUCCCGAGUGAGAACCUUUCGACCCUUCAUAGGCUCCUGGUCAUGGACCUUGAGAUCACGAGGAAGAGGGCGGUGUAUAGCCAACAUAGGAGUGGGGAGCCUUGA